AACUCCGAGAAAACGAUAAAGCUGCGCCUUGGCGACGUAUAUAUACACAAACAGAAGGAAACACACAAACACAAGCUCACCUGCGCAGCUUACACUAUUUGAAGUCAGAUCAGCUGGAAGAAUCGCACAAAGGCGGCUCAUCGCAACGAUGCACCUCCGUACGCGCGCCUGGUUCGUCUAAUAGUCUGUGUUAGUGCGCGUAGACACCCGUAAUCGUCAUAGGAGUAGAGGAAGAAGGCGUAAACGGAUGGUGAAUACUUAUAAAGAACUUUGUUAAAAUUCUACUCAACUCCGUCAAUAAUAAGGGGAAGUAGGAUGUCAACGAACCAGCAUCGGAGCGCCGAGAUGUUUUGCGAGCCGUCGAGAUAACGGAUAACCGCUGCUGCAACUCUCUCACUCCGAGAUUUGAUAUACUUAAUAGCGAGAGAGAGAGAGAGAGAGAGAGAGAACAACAGUGUAAGGGAGUAGAUUGGACGAACUGACGUGUCUGCAUUUGGAGAUGCCCGAAUUUCGCUCGCUAAACGAUCGACUCGAAACUCGCUGACACGCCAGUGUGUCUCAAAGUUCACCGCUCACUGCUUUACUCUUUGGAACGAUGGCGUGCUUCCUGAUGAACCAAGAAGAUGUGCAGCUCAGCAUACCAUCGUUUGAGACCACGGAUGGUGUCACAUUUUAUGUGGUAGAAGUCAAGAUUGGUACGGUCGAGUGGACUGUUAAACACAGGUACAGUGAAUUCGCAGAACUUCAUGAUACCUUGGUUUUGGAUCAUUGCGUGGAAAAGGAUAUAUUGCCCCCAAAAAAGCUUAUUGGCAACAAGUCUGAGACAUUUGUUGAAAAGAGACGCUUGGGUCUUGAGACAUACUUGAACUCCGUAUACAUUUAUCUGAAGAAGAUCAUGCCCAGACCAUUGGCCAUUUUUCUAGAGUUAAACGUGUACGAGAUUUUCUUUUUACUGCAAAAUUUAGCGUGCCGAUUUUUUACCGAAGGAGUAUCACUGUUACAAAACUCUAAAAGCUUUACGUACAACGUUGUGCAGAUGCAUGCAAUGAGCGAGAGACUUAAGCAACCUUGUCCAUCUUUAGAAAUCACGGAUAAGAAAUACGACUUUAGUCAUGUGCUGGACUUUAAUUCACACUUGAAGGAUCUUGUUAUACAAGGAUCUGAUACUACAUACGGAACAAGUAAUAUUGACCCCACUACUUUGAGUAUUGAAUUAUCCAGCUUCAAAACUCUAGAACACUUCACUGUGGAUAACUAUCCUUUAGAUAAGAUUUAUAACAUGGGUAAUCUACGCGAUACAGUUAAGGUACUUGAAGUUCACAAUACAAAACUAAGAAACAUUAUUGAACUAACUAUGUGUGAAGCAGUUCAUAAGCACAUUACUUCGGCUAAUGACUCACAUGUCUGGUUAAAAGUGACACAUUUAGACUUAAGUGACAAUCAAAUUGAAGUUAUAGAUGAGGCUAUUAAAUUAUUGCCGCAUAUUGAAUCUCUCGUUUUAAAUAAUAAUCGACUUAGGGAAAUAUCAAAUAUUACUUUAUUACCAAGAUUAUCUCAGCUACAUUUGGCGUCGAACAAUUUCACGUUAUUGCCUGAAAAUCUUCACACAAAGUUGGGAAAAAUUGUGUUUAUCGAUUUAUCGUGCAACAAUUUAACUUCACUCGCAAGUUUUGCCAAAUUGUAUUGCCUAGAAGGUUUGGAUGUAAGCUGCAAUAGAAUUGAAAAUAUUCAAGAAGUGAAGCACAUUGGAAACCUUCCUUGCUUGGAAAAUCUUAGAUUAACGGGCAAUCCCGUGUCCACGAUUGUGGAUUACAGAGUCAAAGUAUUAGAACCAUUUGGUAAAAGAGCGGCAGAUAUUUAUCUCGAUAACGAAAAGCCAAAUCAAAAAGAACUAGAUACUGUUUCAGUUCUUCAAGCAUUGAGAAUUGCAAGAGAGGGUAAAUCUCCGACUUUUAGUACAAGCGAUGCCCCUCUGUUUUCAGCGGAAAUACCAACCGUUUAGAAUAAGAAUUUUACAAAUAUUACAUAUUCGAACAAAAUUGGACAAUUUUAAUGAAUUUCAACCUGUAAGACCCGUUUUUGGGUUCACGGGUCUGAUAAUUUUUUUUACUUUUUUCUGCAGCCAUACGUGCUAUUUUUCUUGUUAAAACCUCUUCUACGGUGGUUUCACGAUCUUAAAUAAAAUUUAAUUAAAUUGCUUGUAAAUAUUUAUCAACAGAAAUCACCGAUGUAAAACAAUGAGCCACUUUAACUUUGCACGCAUAUGAUACGAACGCUGUUUUCUUAUCUAUUUUUACCGCAAUGAUUAAUUAAUUUUAAUCCAAUUGUAAAUAUUUUUAAGAACCCAAGAUAUUAAAUAUUUAUAAUGAUUUUUUAAUCGUAAACGAAAUGAUAUUUAAAAUAUAACAAUGAAUUUUUAUAACUGUACAUAAGAUGACACAAUAUUUUGUUAAAUAAAUCAAUAAUUCUGUGAUAAAUACAAUUUCUUGUUGCUUAUUACAACACUUAUUUCUUCUUGCUCGUCGAACUAAAAGCGAACAAACUUUUUACAUAGCAACAGAUCUUGCACAUUAUCAGUCAUCAUUUUUAUCGUUUUCAUGCGUUAUCGCUAUACGUGUAUCAGAAUGCGAUACUGCAAAUUUGAGCUACGGUUACCAAAUUUCAUACAUGGUUGUAUAGAAUCAUAAAAUAAUGCUAAAAGAGGGCGUGAGGUAUAUCAAAUAAAACAGACGCAGGGUUUAAUUGUUGUCAAUUAUUUAUUAACUUUUAAACUUUUUUGUGUUCUCGAAAAUAUUAAAAUAUUCAUAAAUAAUAUUAAUAAUAUAAUAAUGCUUACAUACGCUAGGCAUUGUGUUUAGUCUUUUAACGUAUACACCUAAACUAACACGUAUAUAAGUUAUAUAUAAUACCGAAAAAUUUUCUCGGGUUCAUUUUAUUAUUUCUGCUCGUUCCAUCGCUUUGAGUCUA